AUGGCGUUCCUCAUUAAUUCGACAACGGACCAUGAGUUCGUUGUUGCGCUCCAUGUGGCAGCCACAUCGAUACAUACAAUCUUCCACACUUCUUCACCAAACACAAGCACGCCCCUCAAGUUUCAUCUUCACAAAUUGGAUUUGAUGAUCAUUAUUCAUGUCGUACCAUUUGAAGUAAUCCUCCAAUGCUGUCAACCAAUUAAGAAAUUGAUUCGGCUCCAACUUGCCAAUGAAGUCAGAUUUUUCUUUGUUAGAGCUGGAAUGAUGGGAUGGCUAUUAAUCAAUCUUUCUGUUUUAGCAAAAAACAUUCAAGUUGGCAACAUGCACCGUUCGACGAUCCUUUACCAGCUCUUUUCUGUGCUGUACAUUCUGGACUAUUUCUUUUACGAGGAGUACAUGACCUCCACAUGGGACAUCAUUGCAGAGAGGUUGGGCUUCAUGUUGGUCUUUGGAGAUCUAGUCUGGAUUCCUUUCACCUUUAGUGUACAGGGUUGGUGGCUUUUGGGAAACAAAGUGGAGCUAACAAAAGCAGCUGUUGUUGCCAACUGCUUAGGUUUUUUAAUUGGGUGGCUUAUGAGGAGUGGUUUGGACCAAAUGGGGACUGGAUCAAUGAUAUGGACUGCUCAUGUGUCCACUAGGUAUCGAGUUUUUAAAGGAGCCAACAAGCAAAAGCAUGUUUUCAAGAAAAACCCCAAAGCUCAUAUAUGGGGCAAGCCUCCAAAAGUUAUUGGAGGGAAGUUGCUUGUUUCAGGUUACUGGGGAGUUGCUAGGCACUGCGAUUACCUUGGGGACUUGUUGCUGGCACUAUCAUUGAGCUUACCUUGUGGAGCCAGUUCUAUAGUUCCAUACUUUUACCCAUUGUAUCUUCUUAUUCUGCUGAUAUGGAGAGAGAGAAGAGAUGAAGUUCGGUGUGCACAGAAGUACAAAGAAGACUGGAAAGAAUACUGCAAGCUUGUUCCAUGGAGGAUAUUGCCUUACAUCUACUAGAAAUGAACAAUGGGCGUCUGCCUGUUAUAAAACCGCUCGUCAUUUUCAAAAGGGGUGUUUACAUGAAUCAUACAGAUUAGAUGUAAGCAACACAGACUUCCUUCCAAGAGAGGUUUUGUAGCUGUAGGAAGAAACAUGCAGUUCUUGUUUUAUUCUAGCAUGUACCUUUGAUUGCCGAUGGGAUCUAUAUUCAUCUCUUUUUGGAUAA